AUGGAACCUACAUCACAGGCGUUUAUGUCUCAAGGUUACCUUAACGCUCAAGAAACGGAGACAAGUGAAACGAAAAAUUACCUAACUUCGCUCCGUUCGACCCGAAAGCAGCCUUCAAAGCCAUUGAAGAGGCCUGCAACAUCAUCGAUAUUAUCAUCCCCUUUGAAGCCAAUGCAUCCCCAAGUUUACCAAGUCGAGCCAGUAAACUUCAAAGAGUUGGUUCAGAGGCUAACCGGUGCACCUGAGCACGAGGACGUGGCUAAACCGUUCAAGAGUUUGAAUGAUGCAGCACAAGAGAGUCCUUGUUCGUUUGAGUUUGAUCUGUCAUCUUCAUCAUGGGGAGAUUUAUCACUUCAAAAACCUGCAAAUCUCUCCAGAUGGUAG